GCCUCGGGUCCGCGCCGGGCGCCGUACUGCAUGCAACGGCCUGCUGCCUAGAAUCGAUCCAGCCAGCGCAGCAACUUGUCAACGGCAGAGCCAGAGGAAAUUCUGAAGAACAAAAUGGUGUUUUUACAGCGAUUUCGUUCAUUUCUACCAAAUGCAGCCAUGAGAGUUGGUGUCAGAUAUUGUUCAUCUGGAUCUUUGAGGAGGGUGGAGGUCGAGAGAGAGGAUAAGAUAUGUCUGAUAGGGAUAAAUAGACCUGACGUUAGGAAUGCAGUCGACCCAGAGACGGCCAAACAGCUUCAGGUGGCAUUCUGUCGCUUCGAGGAGGACCCUGAACUAAGUGUCGCUGUCUUAUAUGGGAAAGGUGGAAAUUUCUGUGCAGGAUGGGACUUAAAAAAUUUAGCGAAACAAGACCCGGAAACAGUUGCUGAUUCCCUACAGCCAGGUCCUAUGGGCCCUACUGCCAUGCAGUUUAGUAAACCCGUGAUUGGAGCCGUGAGCGGCUAUGCCGUUGCAGGAGGGAUGGAGUUAGCUCUCAUAUGUGAUCUGAGAGUAGCGGAGAAGAGUUCAAUCAUGGGUGUCUUCAAUAGAAGAUUUGGCGUUCCCCUCAUUGAUGGCUGUACAGUCAGACUACCAAAGAUAAUUGGUCUGUCACGAGCCCUGGACCUGAUCUUGACUGGCCGACCGGUAGAUGCUGAUGAGGCUCUUGGUAUGGGACUUGUCAACAGAGUAGUACCAGAUGGACAAGCUUUAACUGAAGCCAAGAAACUUGCCAAGCUCUUGACUACAUUCCCAGACCAAAGAGCCAUGCUAGGAGACAGACACGCUACACUACGCAAUACUUAUGAUAGUCAGGGUUUCGAGGAGGCCAUCAAAUACGAGUUUGAAAGAGGCGUUGGUGUCAUCGCUAAGGAAUCGGUUAAAGGAGCUGGAAGAUUUGCUGACGGACAGGGUAGGAAAGGCUCCUAUGAGGACUUCAAGAGCAAAUUAUGAACUCCAGGUCUCCACUCUUGCAUACAUGUAAAUCUUGUUCUUGAUAAAUUCAACUUUGAUUGGCCCCAUGCAGCUUACUUCAAAAACACACUCCCCGGUCAAUGACCUAUCAAAAGUUUGGGUCAUCGACAAUUAUGUGAAAGCAGUCUACCAGAAUUUUGGACCAGACAGAUGUUUACCGAUGCAAGGCCAGGCAUGUUGAAAAAUGAACGAUCAUCAUCAUCGCUAUUAUUUGGGGGAUUUGCAAGACAUUGCAUGGGUGGUCAUGGGUGAUGAUUUUGAGACUCUGCAGCAAUAUCAUUUAGAGGGAUGAUGGUAAAUGUCCACAAAGACAUUGUGGCAAUGAACUAGGGGGUAGGAGUAGUUUGUUGUUUGCAAUGUGUUUUUAGAUGUAAUGUAUAUUUCCAUGUUGGCCCUCAAACAUGAACAAAAUAGGGAAAAUAUAUAUGGCCUACAUAACGUACCCAUAUUAGAAUUUCAAUACAAUUGAAUAUUUCUUAUAUCUCUAAAAUUACAAAAUAUAUCAAACAAUAACUAUAAGUCUUGAGGUAUUCAUAGGUAAGAUAAAGUAAAACGUACAGUAAUAUAUUUGAUCGAGGUAUAUAUAUAUAUAUAUAUAUAUAUUCAGUUAAAGGCGAUAUUAGUUUCCAAUGAAAUAGCUGCACUUUAUGUUCAAUCAGGUUGUACAUUGUAUGUUGUAUUUGGUUUGGAUGAGAAUGGAUGGCUAGUGAGUUUUUAAUCAUCAAUAUUUCUUUUAUCAAGUACGUUUUGAAACAAUUGUAAGUACAUGAAAAAGUAUAUUGAUUCAAGACAGAAAUUGCCACGGCUCUCUUUUUUCUUUCUUUCUUUUUAAGAAGGUUGACAUCUCAGGA